AACCCGAAAAGACAAACAACCUGCCAAGCCCAACGCUGAUAAUUUGUCUGAGAAGCAUGUUCCUUCAGUUCAGUCCGUCUCAGGUGGCCAUUUAAGUAAGCCUAUACCUGCAUCUGGCACUACUUCUGCAACCUUUUCGGCUGCUAAAAUAUCUUCUGAAUCAUGGAAUCCAAAGACAGAGGCCAAUGAUGGAUCUUCUAAUAAUGGUUUUAACAUGACAAACAGCAGUGUAGGAGUUGUCCAGCCGAGGCCUCCCUUCCAGUUCAUCCUGGCAUUAAUGGAUACAAUAAUGGUGCUUACGGGUAUAAUCUCCCGGCUCAUAUGGUGAAACUCAUCGGGACUUCCAGGCCUCCUGGGUUCAGUUUCCAGUCAUCUCAGAGGCCUGAUACUGUCUCAAGGACUGCAACUAACUUUGCACUUCCAGCAACAACAAACUCGAACUCAAACGACCCUAAAUUCACAAAAAAUUCAGGCACAAACAAUCUGAGCUGUCCACCAAAUCCUGGGCGCGAGACAACGACAACACCAAGAUCAAUGAUUCAUCAACAGCCCUCGUGGGAAGACUCAUCUCCACAUCAAAAACCAGACUCAAGGUUGUCACCACAACAGAGACCAGACUCAGUUCCACCAGACCUGAACAUCAGAUUUCAGUCACCUGGGUCACCUAGUUCGAGUCGAGCUGAUUCAGCUCACCCAGAUUUAGCAUUGCAGCUCUGAGCACAAUCCAUAGAUAGGUUAACCAUAGAUAGGUGAGGUGCAAA